AUGGAGCAAGCCAACGACCCUGUAAUUGUAGCUGCUUGUCCAGCUGUGGCACAUGCACUCACCAACAACAACCACAGCUGCACCAACAACCACCACUGCAGCUCCAACAACAACCACAGCCGCACCAACAACAACCACAGCCGCUCCAACAACAACCACAGCUGCACCAACAACAACCACAGCUGCACCAACAACCACCACUGUUGCGCCAACAACAACCACAGCUGCUCCAACAACAACCACAGCUGCUCCAACAACAACCACAGCUGCACCAACAACAACCACAGCUGCACCAACAACCACCACAGCUGCUCCAAAAACCAUCACUGCAGCUCCAACAACAACCACAGCUGCACCAACAACCACCACUGCAGCUCCAACAACCACCACUGCAGCUCCAACAACAACCACAGCUGCUCCAACAACAACCACAGCUGCACCAACAACAACCACUGUAGCUCCAACAACAACCACAGCCGCACCAACAACAACCACAGCCGCUCCAGCAACAACCACAGCUGCACCAACAACAACCACAGCUGCACCAACAACCACCACUGUUGCGCCAACAACAACCACAGCUGCUCAAACAACCACCACUGCAGCACCAACAACAACCACAGCUGCACCAACAACCACCACUGCAGCACCAACAACAACCACAGCUGGUCCAACAACCACAACUGCAGCUCCAACAACAACAACAGCCGCUCCAACAACAACCACAGCUGCACCUAUAACCACCACUGCUGCUCCAACAACAACAACAGCCGCUCCAACAACAACCACAGCUGCACCAACAACCACCACAGCUGCUCCAACAACGACCACAGCUGCACCAACAACAACCACAGCUGCUCCAACAACCACCACUGCAGCUCCAACAACAACCACAGCUUCUCCAACAACAACCACAGCUGCACCAACAACAACCACUGCAGCUCCAACAACAACCACAGCUGCACCAACAACCACCACAGCUGCUCCAACAACCACAACUGCAGCUCCAACAACAACAACAGCCGCUCCAACAACAACCACAGCUGCACCAACAACCACCACUGCAGCUCCAACAACCACAGCUGCACCAACAACAACCACAGCUGCUCCAACAACCACAACUGCAGCAACAACAACAACCACAGCCGCUCCAACAACAACCACAGCCGCACCAACAACAACCACAGCUGCUCCAACAACAACAACUGCAGCUCCAACAACAACCACAGCCGCACCAACAACAACCACAGCUGCUCCAACAACCACAACUGCAGCUCCAACAACAACAACAACAGCCGCUCCAACAACAACCACAGCUGCACCUACAACCACCACUGCAGCUCCAACAACAACAACAGCCGCUCCAACAACAACCACAGCUGCACCAACAACCACCACAGCAGCUCCAACAACGACCACAGCUGCACCAACAACCACCACAGCUGCUCCUACAACCACCACUGCAGCUCCAACAACAACCACAGCUGCUCCAACAACAACCACAGCUGCACCAACAACAACCACUGCAGCUCCAACAACGACCACAGCUGCACCAACAACAACCACAGCUGCUCCAACAACCACAACUGCAGCUCCAACAACAACAACAGCCGCUCCAACAACAACCACAGCUGCACCUACAACCACCACUGCAGCUCCAACAACCACAGCUGCACCAACAACAACCACAGCUGCUCCAACAACCACAACUGCAGCACCAACAACAACCACAGCCACUCCAACAACAACAACAGCUGCACCAACAACCACCACUGCUGCGCCAACAACAAACACAGCUGCUCCAACAACCACCACUGCAGCACCAACAACAACCACAGCUGCACCAACAACCACCACUGCUGCGCCAACAACAACCACAGCUGCUCCAACAACCACAACUGCAGCUCCAACAUCAACAACAGCCGCUCCAACAACAACCACAGUUGCACCAACAACCACCACUGCAGCUCCAACAACUACCACAGCUGCACCAACAACCACCACUGCAGCUCCAACAACAACCACAGCUGCACCAACAACCACCACAGCUGCUCCAACAGACACCACUGCAGCUCCAACAACAACCACAGGUGCUCCAGCAACGACCACAGCUGCACCACCAACCACCACUGCAGCUCCAACAACAACAACAGCUGCACCAACAACAACCACAGCUGCUCCAACAACAACCACAGCCGCUCCAACAACAACCACUGCAGCUCCAACAGCAACCACAGCUGCUCCAACAACAACCACAGCUGCACCAACAACAACCACUGCAGCUCCAACAACAACCACAGCUGCUCCAACAACAACCACAGCUGCUCCAACAACGACCACAGCUGCACCAACAACCACCACUGCAGCUCCAACAACAACCACAGCUGCACCAACAACAUCCACAGCUGCUCCAACAACCACCACUGCAGCACCAAUAACAACCACAGCUGCUCCAACAACAACCACAGCUGCACCAACAACAACCACAGCUGCUCGAACAACAACCACAGCUGCUCCAACAACCACCACUGCAGCUCCAACAACCACCACUGCAGCUCCAACAACAACCACAGCUGCUCCAACAACAACCACAGCUGCACUAACAACAACCACUGCAACUCCAACAACAACCACAGCUGCACCAACAACCACCACUGCUGCGCCAACAACAACCACAGCCACCCCAACAACCACCACAGCUGCUCCAAGAACAACCACAGCUUCUCCAACAACCACAACUGCAGCUCCAACAACAACAACAGCCGUUCCAACAACAACCACAGCUGCUCCAACAACCACCACUUUAGCACCAACAACAACCACAGCUGCACCAACAACCACCACUGCUACGCCAACAACAACCACAGCUGCUCCAACAACCACAACUGCAGCUCCAACAACAACCACAGCCGCACCAACAACCAUUACAAAUGCUCCAACAACUUCCACUGCAGCUCCAACAACCACCAAUGCAGCUUCAACAACCACAGCUGCUACAACAGCCCAAGCAUUUCCAACAACAACCACCACAGCAGCUGCACCUGUUUAUAGGGUUCAAGUUAUGUUGGUAAAUGAAACCUUUACAGAUGCACUUACGGACCCCAGCAGUGCUCAAUACCAAGAUCUUGAAAGACGACUUCUACCAAGAUGUAAUGAGAUAUACCGAAGACAAUAUGGUGCCCGCUUUGUCAAAUGCUCUGUUAAUGGUUUCAG